AACAAAACGAAAGAAUGAUGAUAUAUAUUUACCCCACGGGGAUGACAUUGAAUAUUGAUUUAACAAACAUCAAUUAGAACAGACUACCCUAAAUCGACAUAAUGAAGUGUGCUUAGAACUUUCUCGUAUUUGAUAAUAUGGUAAAUCGAAGAAAGUUUGAUAGAGCGCUGUAUAACCCAUUCGCUCAAUCUCGCACAGAAUAUCCUUGCCACAUCCAUACCGCUGAGGAUCAAGGAUUUUAUGGGAACUCCAGAAAUCAGCGGAACGACACUUACUGUUCUAACGUUGGUCGGCAUCAUGAUCGAACUUCGGAAGUGCUUAGGGAUUUCAAACACGCUUGCUCGAUGUGCCCCGGUGAUUUUACGCACACCAGCUGUAAGUAUUGUAUUAACGAAGGUGAAGAAUUCGCCGCCUCGUAUAAUUAUGGCGAAGAUCGGUGUUCCUCACACGAACCGCGGAGGCAUUACUUCCCCACGGCAGCGUGCUGUUCCGAGCCGUCUUGCUCUGUAAACGAUGAAGGACCAAUUUCGUUUCUGAACAAUACUCGUUACACCAGAAACGCUUACGGUGAGGUUUCACGCGAAAAUUAUUGCGAGUUUUGUUUCAAAAACGGCGAAACUGCGGUGAUUUACAAAAGUCAUCAACUACGAAAUCCAUCCGGGAGUAUUGCGUGUCCUUUACUGAAGGAAUAUGCCUGUUGCACCUGCGGUAUUAUGGACGAGGGGGAAGCAUGGAAUUACGGAUUUUCUUCGCCGAGUUUUGGACAUAACCCGAAAAAGAAAUUCACUUGUCUAUUUUGUACUCCAAACGGGAAGGACUUUUGCGAUGGAGGCCCAUCUAUACGAAGUCACAAGUAUGGAGGAGGUUGUAUACGGACUCCGUAUGAAAGGAUACCCGCACCCUUUCAUGCAAGACGCUCCCACGUUAAUCCUUACGCAUAUUUGGAUAUGCUCAAUUAUUCUUGAAAAUGUCGUGCCUGAAUGUUAUAGUGUCGUAUUUUUGUAA